AUAGGAGGGGAAAGGGGCGGAGCUAGGAAGCCACGCGACCGGCUGCUCUGGUGAGUGAGGCCCUCCCGGCUUCUUUUCUCCCAUGGACUCCGCCGCUGUUCCGGGCGGUCAAAGGCGCUGUCCCGGCCCGGCUUCCCCUCCUGCUGCUCCUCCUCCUCCUCGAGCCCCGCAGGAGCGUUCCCCCUUCAGGCACGUGCGCUACGAGAACCUGGUGGGCGGGCUCAGCGGCGGCGUCCUCUCCACUCUCGUGCUGCACCCGCUCGACUUGGUGAAGAUCCGCUUCGCAGUGAGUGAUGGCUUGAAGCUGAGACCUAAAUACAAUGGCAUUUUGCACUGUUUGGCAACCAUCUGGAGAGAAGACGGAUUUCGUGGCCUUUACCGAGGAGUGACGCCAAAUGUGUGGGGUGCUGGAGCAUCGUGGGGCCUCUAUUUUUACUUUUAUAAUGCUAUUAAAGCAUACAAGACUGAAGAUAGGUUGGAAGGCCUUGGAGCAACUGAACACCUUGUGUCAGCUGCUGAAGCAGGAGCAAUGACCUUGUGUAUUACAAAUCCAAUCUGGGUGACGAAGACUCGACUUGUGUUACAAUAUGAAGCUGGCAUUGACUCAUCAAAGAGGCAAUAUAAAGGGAUGCUUGAUGCCCUUAUAAAAAUAUAUAAGUAUGAAGGAAUACGUGGCCUUUAUAAGGGAUUUGUGCCUGGUCUGUUUGGAACAUCACAUGGAGCACUUCAAUUCAUGGUUUAUGAAGAGCUGAAAACAAAAUACAAUAGAUAUAAAAACAGACAGUUCGAUUUAAAAUUGAGCGCUUUAGAAUAUAUCACAAUGGCAGCCCUAUCAAAAAUAUUUGCAGUUUGUGCAACAUACCCAUAUCAAGUUGUGAGAGCACGUCUCCAGGAUCAGCACAACAGAUAUUCAGGUGUAGUUGACGUCAUCCGUAGGACAUGGAGGAAAGAAGGAGUUCAUGGAUUUUACAAAGGAAUUGUACCUAACGUGAUCAGAGUCACUCCUGCGUGUUGUAUCACAUUUGUAGUGUAUGAAAAAGUAUCUCAUUUUCUAAUUAGCUUGAAGAAUGGUGGUUGAAUAUUAUGGAUUAUCUCAGGACAUUAUCAUAGUUUGACUUGCAUCACAGUUGUCUUAAAUGAAGAUGGAAUUUCCCAGGCAUUCACAGAAACGACAAACUGGAACACCAUUAAUUGUGCUUGAUACAUUUCUUCUGUAUUUGUAUCCUAUGCCUGGAAUGUUAAUCCAUUUGAAUCCUUUAACUGAAUGAAUAGAUGUGGCCCAGAAACUCAGUCUGCAUCUUUCAUUUUGGAUGGUUCUAACCCCGAAAAGGAGGGAAUCAGAAUUUUAGGUGAAAUAAAGACACCACUAAAUAAAUUUGGUAUAUUAAUCCACAAUUA